GUUUUUUAUCUCCAUAGUCAAACCCUAAGCGUGUAGACUUGAACACAGUGAGGUGAUGAGAAUAUUGUGCCAAAAUGUCCUGGACAUUGUAUAGUGUUUGCGUUCUGUGUGUGUGCUCGAUAGUACGGACUCAAGUUAUUCCGAGCAAGUCUAGAGCAAGCGAUGGUGAUUUCAAUAACGUUAACACGGAUGGAUCAUUUGACUUUGGAUAUGUAAAUAAAGACCGUGGAGGCAGUUACCACUUAGCCCGUGGAAAUGCAAAUAAGGUGGUAGGAGGGAGAUUUGGAGCGAGGGAACCUGGAACUGACGAAGUUAAAGAAACUAUAUACACUGCUGGACCGCGAGGAUUUCGAGCGAAAGGUCCAAAUGUACAUCGAAAAAUUGAUCUAGACCAGCGACCGCGAGGACCUAUUGGUAAUAAAGAUGAUCCCUACUUCGACCCUAACGAAGACCCAAGCUACUCUUUCAAAGUAGACACACGGACCUACUCUAAAAAUGAAAACGCUGACAGUCGGGGUGAUGUUAAAGGACACUAUUCUUUCGUGGACGACAUUGGUGAGCGACACGACGUCUCCUACAUCGCUGGAAAGGACACAGGUUUCCAUGUAUCAUCAGCUCAUCCUGACGCUCCUAAUCUCAUCGGAUCACCGUUUCAUCGCGCACCACUAGUAAGAGGGGAGAGCACUUCGAGAGGUCGAACUGCUGUGCAAAGAGGAUUGGAUGGUUCUUACAGAUUUAUAUCUGCGGGGCCUGACCAAAGAAGAACGGAGAGCAGUGACUCGCACGGUAACGUCAGGGGAUCUUACACGUUUUUGGACGAUAAAGGUGUUCAAAGAACGGUACACUAUAUAGCUGGACCAGGAAUUGGAUAUCGCAUCGUGAAGAAUAGCAAUGACCCCUUCAUCCCCUCUUAUUUCCCCACCCUUCCAAGCGCAUAUGAUCCAGCAUUCAACGCAGGCGGCAGUUCUGGGUCAACACCCUACACUUCAAAUGACGAAAGCAGUGAUGACGUAUUCAAAGGUCCAGAUGGUACAGCUGCAUCAGGGCACGUCAAACCACCUCCAUUUCCUACACCCGAAAAAGAAAGGCCCAGCAAGCCAGUGACCUCCGCUCCCGUUAUUGGAAAUUCUGAAGAGGAUUCUGGUGGAGAGAGCUAUGGUCAAGCACCGCCUUAUGUGCAGGAUUCUGGAAGUGAGGACUUGCCCGAAUUGGGCUACGUUGACGAGGACGCUUCUAGUUUUGCUGGCCCCAAGCCAACUCCUGGACCAGGCAAACCAUGGCGUCCUACCAGCAAACCUUAUAGGCCGACGAAGAAACCUUACGUACCACUUAAACCUACCCAAGGAACGAAUAGUAUACACGAUGAUUUCGAAGUUGACGAUGACGAUAACAGUAAGCCUGAAUAUGCGAUAGGAUUUAAUAUACAUCACACAAAACCUGGCACCACAAUUAUUAAAAAUAUAGGGGAGGAUUACUUUAGCAUACCACCCGGCGUGUCAGUCAGGGCUCAUGUGCAAAGUAUUGACUUAUACCCAUUUGGUUCGAAACCAAUUUCACCUUCUGAAGCUUUGGAAAAUGAUAAAACAUAAUUUUUAAAUAAAAAAAAAAUCACUUCAAUUAAAAUUUUUACAACGUAUUACAUU